UACACGGCCGCGCCGCCCGGACCGACGACAGGCCAUCGAGCGAGAAGAAAGAAGACGCGAGGCCCCCGCCCGCGCGUCCUGGCCUGCCGUGGAACCGCUGACUACCCGCGGAGUCACUCACGGGACGAGCGAUCGGUUUUUGUUAUUGCCAUUUACCUCUCUCGCGGUAACUCGGCCAACACUCGUCGUACGUAUCUGCGCGACAGUUGUUUUUCAUUUGUUUACGAAUCCGAGGCGAGCGCCCGCGCGAGCGGUACCUCUGACGGGAAUGCGUCUCGGGCGGACGGACGCCGCCGUCCCUUGGGACUGAACGGGUUCGACGUAGCGUAUCGUCCCCGGGUUUUUCUCUCGAGGUCGUCGAAAUCAAAACAAGGCUUCGUGCCACUGAGCUCGAAGGGGUGGGGAUGGAUCUGGAUUUAAAUGUUAAGAAAUGAGGCGUUUGAAUACAUUGGGCACGAGUGCGUUACGAGUUGAAUGCUGGUCGCCGUGAAAGUUCCCACUCGCGUGAACAAGUAUUUACCUGCUUUUAUUUGUUGUGAUAUAGAAUACCAUUUUAGUAUGGAAGCACUUUUUGUGCUCGUCGAGCUUGUCAAUUAACGUGGAACGUCCGUUUUAACAUAUUCUGUUCGGUUGGUUAUGGCUCUUGUCAUUUGUGUACAUGAAAUUUUUAUCUGUAUUUUGAGGUUUCAAACAACAAUGUUUUUAAGGCAAUCCGGAGUGAAUGCGUGGAAAGUUAUUCCUCAAUUUUGUAGCCAGAUGAUUCAAAUUCGGAGAUACCAGAUUUCAACGCCGAUGAAACAAAUUAAAUGCAAGGGAGACAAAUUGCGGUCGUCACAAUAUAAGUGUCGCAGAAAGUCCUGUACAAAUUAUUCUCGGUCGUUGAUCUAACAAUGUUAUGACGGCGAUGAAUAUGAAUUCACCAACCAUGUGCGACAUUGUUGUGUCAAAAGUAAAGCUUGGCUGACGUUUUGGUUCCUAAAGUGAGAUGGUUGUAUCGACGAAGAAAACCAUUUCAAAGAAUUCCUAGAUCAACGCCGUUGUUUAUGUGAAGUAAUUACACAUGUUUCCGAUAAAGGAAGAAGCAGAAGGAUAAAAUAUAUUUAUGUUGACAGUGACAGACAUUUUGUUCAGAUAAAAUAAUAAGUACAAGAUGCAUACUUAUGCAGAUUUGCACGGAUAAGGUGAAAAGUCAAAUUAAAUAAAAUCCUAUCUGAUGCACGAAAAACUUGCUUUGAAGAAGAACGUUUGAAUUCAAAAAGUCAUACGGAACAAUAACGUAGACCUGCCUGGUCUUUGAACAUUUUGGAUCCUACUGUGCAUAAUGUCUCAAGUCUGAUGUUAAGUAAUCUUAUCAAAGCAAAUUGCUGCUCUGAAAGAUCUUGUUGAUACUCUUGUAAUGCUUGAGGUUGGUGCCCUUUUUAACCUCAAAUGUGUACUUCAAAUAUUGAUAUCCAUUUAAAUCAUCAGCAGUGCCAUUAGAACGUUUUUGCAUAAAUUGGUACUUGCGUGUCCGGAUCAGUGAUGGUCUCAAUUUCACAAGCUUUGAAAUGACCCUGAUGAAAGGCCUCUGUGUCGACGCCCUUUUUGGCACUGCUAAGCUUCCAUUUUACGGUCUCAAUAGCUGCACACAGAGCACUCCUGGAAUGGCUAAUAUGUCUCAUCAUGCUAAAGAAAGUUAAAGUGCUUUCAGCAAAACGCUUUUACAAAAUUUAUCUAUAAACAUAUUGAGAAUGAAGCCGUGUGAAUCAAUCGGCAGCCCUGUGGCUGUUAACUGGGACGCUUGUUCGGCACCCAAUUAUGACACUCCUAUAAAACCAGCUGAUGACGGUGAAAAUUACAGCUGCAGUAAUUGUCUGGCACUGCAAGUCAAAGUCACAGAAGACUUUGUGGACUCUGAAUUUUUACAGUGUGACAUUUGCAAGAGAUUGCGGAACUCAGCGGAAAACCAUGAGGAGGGAUGCAACGAGGUCAGUUAUAGGCAGGGUUAUCUUCAAAGACUUUUCCCUGCUUUUAGCAGUGGUAAAAUUGGCUCAACUUGCCGAAGAGACAGUGUCGACGAAGGUCGCUGGUUAAGGUGUGCUUCCAGUGUGGUGCGAUGGACUCAAGGGAAAAGAAGGAUGCCAUGGCAAAUAUUGAUUUGGCUCACAGCUAUGGUGCUGCUGACUUUAGCUGCACCUUGUGUCAUCGCGGAUUCUCAAAACUCCAUCCUUGCAAACACUUCGGUGGCAAACACUUUUAACAAAACUGUGUGCCAAAGCGUAGACAUAAGAAAUAACGUGAAUCAAUUCUCAAGACUGGAUGGUUGCAGAGUCGUCGAAGGGUUUGUGCAGAUCCUGCUUAUCGAUAAUGCAGACGAUCAGUCCUAUGCGAAUCUUACGUUCCCUAACCUUGUUGAAAUUACUGGAUAUCUUAUCCUGUACAGAGUAUAUGGUCUACAAAGCAUCGGUCAUUUGUUUCCUAAUCUGGCAGUGAUCCGUGGUCACUCACUAUUUUUCAAUUAUGCUCUAGUAGUCUUUGAGAUGAUGCAUUUGCAGGAAAUUGGUCUCUACUCUUUGACAGAUAUUUUACGUGGUUCCGUGCGCUUCGAAAAGAAUCCAGUUCUCUGUAAUGCCGAUACAAUCGAUUGGGACAUCAUCGCCAAGGCUGGCAAAGGAGAACAUGUCAUUUCGUCUAACAAACCGAAAAAUGUAUGUCCCGUCUGUGAGAAACACUGCCCUACGAGACUGACGAAGCCCGACGAAACUCUUUGUUGGAACAGGCAACACUGCCAGCGACUUUGCGACAGAAAGUGUGGUGAUAAAGUGUGUAGCAAAACAAACGAGUGCUGUCACCCUUCCUGCAUAGGUGGAUGCACGGGGAAGGACUCGAAUAGCUGCAUAGCCUGUAGAGAAUUGGUCUUACCGAGUAACGUGUGCGUACCCCAAUGUCCAAGUGGCACCUACGAGUACUUGAACAGACGUUGCGUUCAAGCGGACGAGUGCCGGCGUAUGAAGAGACCGCGCGAGGCAUCUAUGGUAAAAGAAUUCCCGUACAAACCGUUCAACAACACCUGCGUGAUGGAGUGCCCGGCAGGUUACAUGGACGAUGGCGUCGACGCUAGAGCCUCCUGCAAGAAGUGCGACGGACCUUGUUUGAAGAAAUGCGCGGGCACGAGUGUGGACAGCAUCGCGUCCGCGCAAAGGUUGCGUGGCUGCACGCAUAUCGUUGGCAGCCUGGAAAUACAAAUCCGUGGUGGCAAGAACAUCGUUAAAGAGCUGGAGGACAGCUUAAGUAUGAUAGAAGAGAUCGAUGGCUACCUCAAGAUCGUCCGGUGUUUCCCGUUGAUAUCCCUGAAUUUCCUCAAGAACCUCAAAAUCAUUCGCGGUAACUCACUGGACAAUUCGAAGUACACCCUAGCUGUGCUGGACAACCAGAAUCUUCAAGAGCUCUGGGAUUGGGACUCUAGUAAGAAGAUCAAGAUCCUGUCCAAGGACGGCCCUGCCAAGAUCUUCUUCCACUUCAACCCGAAGCUUUGCCUGAAGAAGAUCGAGAAAUUGAGGGAGGUGGCCGGUCUCCAAGAGUUCACUGAUCUGGACGUGGCACCCAACAGCAACGGAGAUAAAGUUGCCUGCGACGUUACGGAGCUCGUCACUCGAAUCACCAGAAUCAACACAGCGGCUGCGCUGAUAGAGUGGGACGCGUUCGAGCACCACGACCCCAGGUCCUUGUUGGGGUACGUGGUGUACGUUAUCGAGGCUCCUACUCAGAACGUUACCAUGUACGAUGGGCGAGAUGCUUGUGGAGGCGAUGGGUGGAGGGUCGACGACGUGUCCUCUUCUUCGACCUCGACGAGCAACCAGUCGGUAAUCAAUAAUGCGAACAAAACCACCAUUGAGACAAAGUCCAUCGUUACGCAUAUCCUCACCUUGCUGAAUCCGUACACGCAAUACGCGUUCUAUGUGAAGACCUAUACGAUUGCCACCGAGAGAUCCGGGGCGCUGAGCAAAGUCAAGUAUUUCACGACUUUGCCCGGCACACCCAGCGCCCCUAGAGCGCUCUCUACCUGGAGUAACUCCAGCAGCGAACUCGUUAUGUCCUGGUCCCCACCUUUGCAUAAAAAUGGAAAUCUCACCCACUAUAGAAUCGUUGGUAGGUGGGAGAAAGAUGAUUCCAAUUUCUUGGAGCAAAGGGACUACUGCAAUGAGCCUAUGCUACUACCUGAGAAGAAACCCAUGUCCGUCAUGGUGGAGGAGGAGCGAAAGAAGGCAGAGGCCGAAAAGGAGCUGAUCAAGAUACCGGAAACAGCUACCUGCGAAUGUAGCGAUAGUAAAUCUGAUCCCCUGAUUAGAGAAAAGGAGGUAUCCAGCUCGAUCGCUUUUGAAGACGCUCUGCACAAUCAGGUGUACGUUAAACGUAUCAGCUCUCGAAGGAGACGCGACACGCGAGAAUCGAGGGCUCUUAAUGCUGUUACCCAUGAGAGCAACGCUCAUGUUAAUUCACAGGACAAGAAAAAUGGGAUGGACGUGAUCAAGAAUGGUAGCUACGUGAUCUUUGAGAGAAAUGUUUCCAGCUCUAGUUUCACUUUCGUCAUGAAGGAGUUGCGACAUUUUGCGGCGUACAACAUCGAGGUCCUGGCGUGCCGAGAAAGAAUUCCCGAUGAUGCCCAAGACAAGCCUUGUUCUACCAAGAGCAUGAGAACUUACAGGACGUUGCCUUUAGAGAGCGCCGAUGACAUCCCACCAGAGUCUUUCCAAAUGAACCUUCUGGGCGGAAACAAUAGCCUCACCACCGUUAAGCUGCAAUGGAAGGAGCCACCGCAACCGAACGGACUAAUUGUAGCAUACCAAAUAGAGUACAAAAGAGUGGAUAUAAAAAAUAUCAAGGGAACGGUGGUCUGCAUAACUAGGCGUGACUUCGUCACCUCCGAAAAUACGUAUCUUCUGAAAGACCUAUCACCCGGCAAUUAUUCCGUCAAAGUCAGAGCCACGAGUCUAGCAGGAAAUGGAGCGUACACGAACGUUAGGUACUUCUACAUAGAAGAGUACAACACCACCGGGAAGUUUUGGAUUAUGUUUUGGUCCAUUGGCUUCAUCGUCAUCGUCAUACUCCCAUUAAUCGUAUUCUACGUAUAUAAACGCAAAUUGAUGCGCAACGUACCCAGCAUGCGACUGAUCGCGACCGUAAAUCCGGAGUAUGUCAGCACGGCUUACGUCCCGGAUGAAUGGGAAGUUCCUCGAAAGAAGAUCCAGUUAUUACGCGAACUAGGGAACGGCUCGUUCGGAAUGGUUUACGAAGGAAUUGCCAAAGAUGUGGUCAAGGGUAAACCGGAGGUUCGGUGUGCGGUCAAGACUGUAAACGAAAAUGCUACGGAUCGUGAGCGUAUAGAAUUCCUAAAUGAAGCGUCCGUCAUGAAGGCUUUCAACACCCAUCAUGUAGUCCGAUUAUUAGGCGUGGUGUCCCAAGGUCAACCAACGCUGGUCGUUAUGGAGUUAAUGGUGAACGGCGAUUUGAAGACCUACCUGCGGAGCCAUCGUCCCGAUGUAUGCGAGAACAUUUUGCGACAACCACCUACGCUGAAGCGAAUUCUUCAGAUGGCAAUCGAAAUCGCCGAUGGCAUGGCUUAUUUGGCAGCGAAGAAAUUCGUUCACAGAGACCUGGCCGCUCGUAAUUGCAUGGUGGCCGAGGACUUGACGGUGAAAAUUGGCGAUUUCGGAAUGACGCGAGACAUCUACGAGACGGAUUAUUAUCGAAAAGGUACAAAGGGCCUCCUGCCCGUCAGAUGGAUGGCCCCUGAGAGUCUGAAGGAUGGAUUGUUCACAAGUUACUCCGAUGUCUGGAGUUACGGAGUCGUCCUUUGGGAAAUGGUCACCCUGGCCUCGCAGCCGUAUCAAGGCUUGUCGAAUGACCAGGUACUGCGAUAUGUAAUCGAUGGUGGCGUAAUGGAGCGGCCGGAGAAUUGUCCCGAUUCCCUUUACACGUUGAUGCGUCGCACCUGGAAUCAUAAAGCCUCGAAGCGACCCACCUUCAUCGACAUCGCUACUAUGCUUUUGCAGGAAAUCAACGUCGCUCCUUUUGAAAGAGUGAGCUUCUACCACAGUCCGGACGGCGUUGAGGCGAGAAAUCAAAAUAGCCAACAUUCACCACAGACCGACAAGGACUUCGAGAUAGUGACGCUCCACGAAUUGCGAGAGGACGAGGCCGAGGCCGAGGGCGACGAAGACUCUCCUCUGCGCCGAGACUUUGGCGACUUUGCGAGCUUCGAGCCCACUUCCAUAAAGAGCAACUCGACCCCAAGGUACGGCAGCGAGCUGUACGGCGAGAACUCGAAGAUCCCCUCGGCCUUCCACGACCUGCCCUCGUCCAAGAUCCCCCUUAAGGCUGGCUUCGAAGACUUCGACGACGUAUCGGCGGAGUCGAUGAGCUCCAGCAAGGACACCUUGAAUCUGCCAUUCGCCGAGGACAGCCUGAAGUCCGUCAAGAGCUCUCCCUUUUCUGAGAGGAAGACUCCUUCCCGGAGCAACGCCAGCCUGGCCUCGACCGCGAAAUCCACGAGUCCUAGGAGCAUGACGAAGUCCGCUUUCCCGGAGAGUCCCGAAGCUCCCAAACCUCGAGGGAACUCCGACUAUGAGAACAGGAGUCCGGAACGCGUGUCCUUGAACGCGAAGAACGCCUCCACGCGGAUCGAAAUCGUCGACAUCAACGACGUCGUCGUAGACGAUCAGAAAGAGAAGUCUCCCGUCGAGUACGUAAAUAGAUCCGAGACUCUUAACAAUGGUUACAUCGGAGGUGCGACCACGUAGUCCUGACGGUUCGCGGGAACGUAUUCCCUGCGACGCGGAGCGGGCCAGAGAGUCCUUUGAACUUUUCUCACUCGUGUCGUUUGCGAUGCGAAAAGGGAAAUUGCGCAACGGCGGGGCAACAUCGGUUUGAGUUGUGUCACGUUCGAUCGGUGACUCCGCGAACAACAUUGGUGUCCGAUCGACGAUAAAAGAGAGCCGAACUUUUACUGUAGUCGGUGUUCGUAGAGCUUGCGAAACGAAGGCAGUAUUCACAUGUACGAUCGACACGAGCGGCCGUCAACACCAACCAACAUGGCGGCUCGCGUUUAUAUUUUGCAUCCCUAUCGGAGGUUUUUAUACCCGAGUGCGUGCCAUCCCUGAUAGUCAUUCCCGGUCGCAAUGACUGGUACGAUUUCGAUCAGUAAAUCAAUGAUUAUGCCGGGGCAGCGAGAUAAAAAUUCUGUAAAAAUUCACCCUCUUUUUCACGGUAAGAGGAUGGUCCGUUCAAGCUGUAGCUCGACGAUGAAUGGUUAACCACAACGACGACGACAACGACAAACCGAUGCUGCCUGUUCUUUUCUCCACUACUAGUGUAAAUUAUAUACCCAGUUUAUAUACAUAUACAUAUAUAUACACAUACAAUGUAUAUAUGUAUGUGUAUAUUUAUAUAAUUGUAAGAGCCUGAGAUGAGCUAAGUGCUGAAUCGUAUGGGGAGUCUAAUUGCAGCGAUGCUUGUGCCGUUUAUUUAACGUCGCUUGUCUUUUAGAGGCGUUUCGGUUUUACGGUCUUUGACGAAAUUGCCGUUCGCUACGUGCGAGGGCAGCGAUACGGAAACCAAGGGACAAAUGCGAAUGGCGACCCGAACUGGGGAAAAGUUGCCUCGAAAUUGAGACCGCUUUCCUGUACAGUCAUUACCUAGGGCGAAUAUAAUUGGCCGGGAUCGGAUGAAGUUGACCGGCCAAAAUGCACGUUUCUUCAUCGGCAUUAGCGUGGAGCUUUUGAACGAGGGCGUCGUUUGCAAUCUAUGCAAUUCUAGCCGAUCCUUAGUUCAAGGAGCCCCUCUCGUACGUUAUCGUAGAGCAGAUUUUCGUCAAGACUCGUCGGUGGAAUAAACGCGUCGGCUAGUUUAAGAGAAAAUGUUAGCCCAAACAUGACGGUCAAAGGACGAUAAGGAGUAGAUUUCGAUGGACGUUGAUGGUCUUCAUUUUACAUUGGUGCGUAGGACGGUAGAGGGACCCGACGAAGAGACGAAAGAGCUUACGCAACGAGGUCGGACGCGUCUAGGAGUGAAUCUGAGGUUUUAAAAUGACAGAGUGCGUUUACAAAUCGAUAGUUAAACUUAGGCGAGGAUACAUUAGGAGAGUAUUUAGGAACUUAGGGUAACGGGAUGACGAAUCGACGAAUCGGAUUAAUUCUCUUGUCCCUUUCCUUGGUUUCAUGGCAGUGACGGUUUCCUCGGGGAGAGGCAUUUUUUUUACUGAAUGGCGUGUACAGAUUUUCCUGUCGUAUCCGGGAGAGAAUAGUUUAACGCAAGUGCUUGAAAUCCAAAGGUCGAAGAGUUGUUCGCGUACGUGGUCUUCGUUCAUUCUACAUUACGGAUAGGCGAACGACGAUAAUGAGAAAGCCGAUUGAACUAUUUUUUUUUUUAUACAUAUAUAUAUACUUUUGUACUUCGCGGCUAACCCGUUGGGGUGCCUCGAGAUGGUCGAUUUUAAGAUUGAGAUUUAAAAGUCGUGCUUGAACCGCGGAUGCCACGCGUCUUCGGCAUUCUGGACCGUUAGUCUUCGAAGCUCGGUGACACUUCUCUCUAAGAAGAAGUGCGGCACUCGUAGGGUCUAGAUCCGGAGUUAGAUUUAACUCGGUAUCCGACGAAUUUACAUUGUAUCGUAGUCUUAUUUUCUACCUGUAUUUUUUCCUCUUUCUUUUUUCUCUCUCCUCGAUUUAACGUCUUUAUACAUGCGGCUCCGGAAAUUUUUCGUACAAUGGUGGUCCUUGAGAUUUUGUAGCCACGGUUUCAUUGAAUCAUGUCGAGUGCGAAAUAACGCCGUAGGUGUCAUCUCGCAGGUUGAAUAUUGUAGACCACGAGGGAAAUACGGGCUAAGUAUCCUCUGUCCUGAUCUUUUUUUUUUUUGUUUAUGCACCACUGCUAACGAUUAAUCGAGGUGGUCCCUUUGCUAUCGGUCUCGACCGAUAUAUUUUUGACUCCUGUUAAAUUACGUUUUAAACGUCUGCUUGGUCGGACCUGAUGCAAAUCGGAAAUUAUUGGAUUCGGUGUAGUCUCGUAAUGUAGACGAGAUAAUAGCCAGAUUUUAAGUGCAAUAUUACGGGGGAUACAUUGUCAGGCGGAUCACUUUUAUCAUGAUGACUUGAAAAGGUGACUUUCUCGGUUCCCUUCUAGUCUUCGAUCUUUUAAUCUUCUCAUUUCAGUUAGGGUACGAUGAGUUCGGGUCACGGUCGGAAUGUCUAAUUCAUUUAGAGCACGGAUCAGAAUCGAUAAAAAUAGUCUGGCCGCGACCAGGCUGUACGCAAAGAACAACAAAGACAGACAUAAAUCAGCUGAUAACGUGUAAAAACAAUCGACAUUGUACCCAUGUACAAAAGUAUCUAAUACAUAGAUGUUUUCUUUUGUUUUUUUUUUUAGAACUUUUUCCUUAAUCUUCAUUCUCAGGUCUCGUUCAUCUUUGCAAAUUACAUAUUUUUGAGACGUGCCGCUUUUUUUAGUGCUUGCGAGGAAUGAUGCUCACCGCAGACUAUGUGAGUCAUUUCGUCAGCACGGACUACGCGAAUUGAGUUGACUGUUUUUCACCGAGUACCUAGCGCGAGCAGCUACAUCUUUCGCGAAGGAAUUUUACAAAAGAGCUGUGCGAAAUUCUCGCAGUAAAUAAGUUAGGCGAGCUACGCCAUUUCUGACCUUUCACAACGAAUAAGAGUUCAUCCGUCACCUAGUCGGGCAAAGGGUUAAGGUCGGUGGGAGAAUAAGUUGCGCUUUUCUUCGCACAUCCGGUGCCCUCGGACAAUAUAUCACGAUAGUUUCGGGAAUGAACGCGAAACGUCAUUCCGUAGAGCCUCUUGAAUCAUGUCGGAAGGAAUUAGUCGAAACUUGUGUAGAAUCCGCUCAUGAAGUCGUAGUUAAAGUGCAGACCCGUCGUAUGUCCGCUACUUGAACCUUCCAAGAGCUGCGGCUUCCUCACUUUUCCAACCCCUCUAUAUCUUCGUGUCUUCAACUUGAAAUCUACGUGGACAAUCGGUUUUACGCAAUCCGUUGUUUCCUCCGGCACAGUAUUUAUAGGAUGCUGUACACGCUUCGUCUCUACGAACGGGAGCGACUCUUAGUACUCGUAACUCGGGGGACGUUCGGUCUACGGACAGAAGUCGUUAGGGCACGACCAUUCCCACCUUAAAAGAUACCUACCAACUAAAGUAUUCCACCCGAAUCCACCUUACCGAGCUUAGAACCACUCUUGGCACUGUUAGAGGUAGUUUACCCGCGUUGGCACAACGCAAUGACCUCCGGUCGUUCCAUUCGUUCUAUCCGUCGAGUAUUCCGCAUGCCCAGGGAUUAGAAUCCCGAGCGAAAAGUAGCCGUACCUAGAGACAACGGAACAAUAAUGUACUGUCGCAGUUUCAAGAGACCGAGGAGCAAAAGUGCGCCCCGGUAACGAGGGGCGGACGCGCCAACACCCUCGGGGUCGCCGGCUCUCGACGAUGUAUCAUAUAUAAUGGUCGCUGGAACUCUACCUUCCCACCGUUGUUAAUGUUACAUUUAUAUUCAGUCACUUAAAGUUCGAUGGAGCCGAUCGGGGAAACGGAUACCUCGGGCUCGAGCCGCCAAAUUAGAUGAAAGUUGGGAGAGGAAACCAUCGAGAGUCGGUGCCCUCGGGAUUCUCGAGAGCCCGCCUGAGCAAAAUUGCCUUAACGCUUUGAAGAUCAUGGCUUUUACAUUCCAACAGUCGUAUCGAUGUCCCCUCGAGUAUUGCAGCGGGCGUUCUACCAUGUAAACUAAGAAAUCCGGCGAUUUUGCCCGAUUAACGGAACAGAUGGAGAAUAUCGUGGGGAGGACUAUAGGCAGCGAGCUUUCCCUCUGAUUAGUUACCGAUGUGCCUACUGAGCCUGCCAAUAUAAACCCUCGUUUCCAGGAUAUAUAAUACUCAGAAUAUUUCCACUUCUUUCUGCGAAGCAGCUCCGAUAUUAUAUAGUCAACGGGUUCCAUCUUCCUUCUGCGCAUGAGUCGCCGCGCCUCGCCGUACGCCUUAGGCGACACCAUUUUACCUAACCUAGAAAAUCAUAGAGUUAAGUCGAUUCUAUCAUGUAUAUACAAGAAACAAAGGACAAUUAGUUUUAUAACAGCCGUAUAUGAUGUAUCUACUCGAGAGCAGGGCAAGACGUGUACAGUUCGGACGUGACGUGUAUACAUAUGUAUUUAUAAAUAUUGAAGAGAACCCAGAGGGCUCGGGACGAACAUGUGUGGAAAGGACUCGGAACUCGCUCUCUAACCUUUUGUCUGCGGUUGUUUUUGUAACUUCCACCCGCUGACUGUAAAUACAGGAGUAUUGCACGAAUGGACGUCGAAUUGUUUAGGAUUUCGUGUCGUCAGGUGGCAGCCCCUUUGGCGCUGCCUAGAGUCCUCCCUACUGUAUUCUCCAUAUCGCACGUUAGAAAGAAAUCUUAACAACAAUGUAAAGGCGCAAAGCCAAAAACAGGUCCACUGUUUUAGAAGGCCAGGGUGCUCAAAUCGUUAAGCCAAAAGACGAACGACUUAAGUCCCGAAAUUCCCGUCAGCGCGAAAAAUUCGAGCGACUCGGCGCCGAUAGCGAUUAAUCUUUGCAGCGUUCGAGCUUUAGGAAUACGGCAUUCGAUCGCCCGGCACCUCCGGUCCCCAAAUUCUUGGAUUAUUUUUUCUAUGACCCACCAGAGGAUCACGGACCCUCUCCCCAGGGGCCCGAUUCCAAAGAGAAGCGAGUCGGGAUCGGAGGUCCAGGAAUCGAGGGUCGCGAACCGCCAAGACACUUCGCCGUGCUUUUCGAGUGGACGAGAGAGCGUAGACUGUCGCAAACCCAGUGAGAGCCAAGAUUGAUACGAUAAACGGAACAUAUAAAUAUAUAAAUAUAUAUACAUACAUAUGCAUAUAUAUUGUAACAAAGCUCGAGCAGCAAGCGAUCGCUGUAUGCGGCCCGGAAUUGAGAAACCGCCCCACUACCCGGCCGGUCCGUCUCGCGCGAUAAGGACCAGAGUCCCGGGAUAUUGUCACGCGACUCUCGACCUAAUCGCGCGGCGCUCACGGGCCUCGGGACCCGCGACCCUGUAUACAACCGAAUUUGAAGCGCCGCGGAUGGGAGGGUAUAUAUUAUCAACGCAAUACAGUUGAAAUUAGACAUAUAACGAGCCUGAAAUACAAGACUGAUUAGCUAA